AUGGACAGGCACAUCAUAUUAACCCGAAAAAAGGCCAAAACGGGGUGCAAGACCUGCAAAAUCCGCCGGGUCAAAUGUGACGAAGGCCGACCAGCUUGCCGACGCUGUGUAUCAACCAGUCGAGUCUGUGAUGGUUAUGGCAUUUGGGGAGGAGGCGGAAGUCCCUACGGGCAGCCACAUAGCAACCGUGCUCUAUCAACCUACUGUACACCGGUUCCAGUCGGUAACCUCAGCCACGAGGAACAAAUGUGCUUUGACUGGCUGAUCAAACGAACGGCAAAGAAGUUCGCCGGUCUUUUUCCAUCUGACUUCUGGGAGACCUUAAUUUUUCAAGCUAGCACACAGGAACCCGCUGUGCGCCAUGCUGUCAUUGCCUUGUCGUCCACUCAUCGGUUCCAGCAGCGAUAUACCGCUACGCCGGAUAAAUACGACGAAGAGUGUUUCACUCUUCGGCAAUAUAACAAGGCAAUUCAACACCUACGCAGCAACACAACCAAUAAUAGCCACUCUCUUCGAGUAGCACUGAUUACGUGCAUGCUUUUUAUCACCCUAGAAUACAUGCGGGGCCAGUAUCAAACGGGGAGUGCACAUCUCCAAUAUGGCAUGAAGCUCCUCUCUGAUAUAUCCCCACGUCCCCUGCCAUCCAUGCUCCCGACCAUUCUAUCCCCCGAAGAGGACUUUGCCUACAACGCCCUUGUCGACGCCUAUAUCCGACUAGGCAUUCAAUCAGCCAUGUUCGGCCACAUACGUUCACACGUAUACAUUGUAACAAAAGAUCCACGAACCGCCAUUCUCCCUUACACAUUCACCUCACUCCUGGAAGCAAGACGCAGCCUAGACGACCUCUUGAACAGAGUCUACUGCUUAAAAGGCCAUCACUACGACAAUCACUCAUCCCAGACACCAACCAGCAAGCGACAAAUGCUCAUCACACAAAGCAAAAUUCUCGCAGACCUAUCCCUCUGGCGCAAAACAUACACCGCCUCAGUCGCACGCCUCGAAAUCAAGAAGAUAUCUGGAAAGGACCAUAUGGGCUACCUCCUCAUAAAUGUGCAUCACAAAAUGGCCACAGUAAUGGCCUCAGUCUGCCUCUCGCCAGAAGAACCCGAGUCAGAGCUGGUCUUCGACACUUACACUGAGACCUUCAUCAGUAUAUUGACCAGCUUCCUCGAUUUAUGGAAAGGCUGGGUAGCAGCAAGCUUCCGCAAAGAAGACAUCUCUAAGCUAGCCAAUGCACCCGACGACCUGAAAGCCAUGUUCAAAAACUUCAAGACGAUGUCCGACGCGGACGCGAUCUUAGAAACUUCUCUACUAGAACUUCUCGAAAAAUCUGACUUACUCAACUACUACCUGCGGGCACCAGACUGUGGUAAGAACGGGUUCACCGUUGAGAUGGGGUACGUCCCGCCUUUGUACUACACGGCUCUUAAAUGUCGUGUCCCACGGAUCCGGCGGCAGGCUGUGAGGGCGUUGAGGGCUGCGCCGCAUCGGGAGGGGCUGUGGAAUGGUUCUUUCUUGGCGGAUGUCUUGGAAGAGAUUAUUAAGGUUGAAGAGGGUGAUUUUUAUGCUGAUUAUGUCUGUCUUAAUUCGCCCGUUGGGCGUAUUCUGCCUGAUGAUGAGGAUUUGCUUGUGCCUAAGGUGCCGGCCGAGGCGAGGGUCUCAGAUGUUAGGGUUAUCCUGCCGGAUGAGGUUGAUGGGCGUGCUUAUGUUAGUUAUCGGAAGAUGGUUGGGGAUGGUGAAUGGGCGACUUUUAAGCAGGAAAUUGGUGUAUAG